UUGGCGGUUAGAUCGGAUAUUGGUGCUGAUAUUUUCAUAUUUUAAAAAAUAGUGUACGAGGUAAAUUAUGUUGGCUGUAAUACGAAAAAUAUUUUAAGAGCUUAAAAUAAGUAACACAAUGGAGCAGAAUAAUUUAAGGCAAAAUUCAAUGAUUCAAUUAACGGCAAUGUUAAUAGAGACUAUGUCAAAAUGUAUAAAUUUAAUUAAUUCUGACUAUCAUUCCAAUAUGCUUUUGUUGCGACAGCGGCGUAGAAAGUGUUUGCUAAAAAUAUUAAGGGCAAGAAAAUUACAGACUCAUAUCUUAUCAAGUCUUAAUCAAAGAAUAUUAUGGAAAACGGACACAAAGAAAGCUUUUUGGGAACGUGAAUCUCAAAUGAACAAUGAUCGGUUUUUUAAAGAGACUUAUAGAAUGAGCCGUUCAACAUUCGAAUUAUUGUGCAAACAUUUAAAGAGUUCAGAUAUGGACUUCAGAAAAGGCAUUCCGUUAGAAAAAAGAGUGGCUAUUGCGUUGUAUACCUUGGGAUCUGCAACGGAAUAUAGGAAUAUUGCUAACAAGUUCGGUGUUAAGAAAAUUACUGUAGACAAUAUUUUGUUAGAUUUUUGUCAAAAGGUAUGGAAGAUAUUAUGCCAAAUUUAUGUAAACCCAUUCCCAUUGAAACGGCAAAAAGUUGGAGAAUGUGUUAGUGGCUUUGAGCGGUUAGGUUUUCCACAAUGUUUAGGUGCUAUUGGUUAUUGUCAUAUUAAGGUGCAUCCCACAGCGGAAGUUGCAGAAGAUUACCUUAACUCUAAGGGUUGGCAUUCAACCAUGUUGUUAGCUCUGGUAGAUUACAAAUAUAGAUUUUUAUAUAUAAAUGUUGGUGCCCCUGGACGUUGUAGUGCAUCUUAUGUUUUUCAAGAAUCUGCGUUAAAAAAACAAUUGGAAAAUGCGACGAUUCUUGAGGAAAUGACAAAGCAGUUAGGCCAAACUCAAGUACCUGUGGUAACAAUUGCAGAUUUUUCUUUUAAAUUGUCAAAGAGAGUAAUGAAGCCAUAUCCUUUUGUAAAAGAGAGUGCUGAUCGAGCAGCAUAUAAUGAUAAGUUGUCCGAAAGUAUAAAAGUUGCUAAGAAUGCCAUAGGCCAUUUAAAAGGCAGGUUCAGACGCAUCGGAAACGUGGUUGAUAAUAAUAUGCAAAAUGUAAACACUGUUAUAAAAGCUUGUUGUGUUCUACAUAAUUUUUUAAACGAACACAAUGAUGAAAUGUACAAUCAUUGGGUACCAGAGGAAAAUAAUGAGGAGCUGAAUAAUGUCACUUACUAUGAUCUUGUAAAUCCUGACAAAAGUGGAAUAAACAUAAGAAACGCUAUUGCUUCAUAUUUGUAUGAAUGCGAUGUCAAUGACUUAGAUGAGAUUGAUGUGUUUGAGUCUUCUACUGGUGAAGAUUGUGCCGACGGCGAUGGUACUCGUGAGGGUGCUGGCAAUGAUGACGGUGGCGGUGAUGGUGAUAGCGGUAGCAUCUCUCGAACUGGUGUUGGUGUACGUGCUGGUGUUAACUGUGAUAACGGUCGCGGAAUGAGUGUUCGUACUGAUAACUCCGAUGGACGUGAUGCUAUUGAUAACGCCGAUGGUACUUCUGAAAUAAUUUAAAGCUGUUUAUUUUACAUGCUUACUGUUUGUAUAUAUUAAUAAUAUAAAAUCAAAACUGCUG